AUGRAGGGGGCUCUGCUAGGCGACGAUGACCUGGGCAUCGCCAAAGGUCCAAAACCAGUCAUAGCUAUUGCCGGAUUGGGUUGUGAGAACUCUACCUUUACGCCUUCACGCACAGAAGCCGCAGCAUUCCAUCCCAAGCGUGGGGAUGAAAUCAUCCAAAAGUACCAUUUCCUUCAUCCUGGGACGGAUCUUGGAAAGUCCGCCGACUGGCGUGGAGCGCUGACCGGCCAUGCUCUGCCAGGAGGAAUGGUAACACGCGAUGCAUUCGAAACAUUGGCAGCGGAAAUGCUGGAACGUCUUGAAGGGAUUGUUCGAGAAACAACGCUGGAUGGUCUUUGGCUGGAUAUUCACGGCGCGAUGCACGUUGAAGGUCUACUUGACGUGGAAGCUGAAUUGCUGAGAAGGAUCCGUACCGUGAUAGGCAAGGGUGUAGUGGUUUCCGCCUCAAUGGAUUUGCAUGGCAACGUCUCAAGAGAGCUCGCCCAUCAGACAGAUCUCAUUACCUGCUACCGUUUAGCGCCGCAUGAAGAUGAGCUGGAGACCAAAGAGCGGGCGUGUAGGAAUUUGGUGAAUGUUCUCACGCUCUUCCCUGGAGGUAUGCUAGAGGGAGGCAGACCUGGACUGCCGCUCAAAGCCUGGAUUCCGAUUCCAAUCCUCUUGACUGGAGAGCAGACAUCAACUAGGGUGGAACCCGCAAAGUCUGUCUACGCUGCUGUUUCCGAGGUGGAAAAGCUUGAGGGGGUUAUGGAUGCUGCCAUCUGGGUCGGCUAUGCGUGGGGAGAUGAAAGAAGAAAUCGCGGAAUUGUAAUGGUCACUGGCUGGAAAGAAUCUGCGGUCACACAAGCAGCCGAGCACCUCGCCCGUCUCUUCUGGGAUGCACACGACAAGUUCGAGUUUGUGGCGCCUGUAGGCUCACUCGGGGAGUGCCUGGAUGCUGCUCUGGCUUCAACGCAGCGUCCUUACUACAUCUCCGAUUCUGGAGAUAAUCCCACAGCGGGAGGAUCAGGUGAUGUCACUUGGACGUUAGAGAGGCUUCUCAAAAGAAAGGAGUUCCAGGAUGGGUCCGGCCCAACAGUCAUCUAUGCGAGCAUUCCGGGACCUGAAGCUGUCCACGUUAUGAUGCAGGCCGGCAUAGGAUCCACAGUAACGGUCACAGCAGGGGCUGAGGUUGACAACACUCACUCUGGACCUGUGACCAUGACUGGCCGUGUACAUGCCCUGCGAUCAGGAGACAAGCAUGCAGUGCAAGAAGCUGUUCUGCAAGUGGGCAGCGUUUUUGUGAUCAUCACCAAGCUCAGGUGA